UGUAAAGGCUCAGGCAUAAUCCAUCCUUUAACGUAAUCCGAAAUAACAAAGAGAUUUUUCCCACUCAUUGUGGGUUUGUGUGUAUGUUACCAUAGCAGCCAGUUUAAUAGGCCUACCACAUCAUCUAACUGUUCUUUGCUUACUACUGCUUGAGAGAAAAGGAGCUGACACACACAACUCUGAAAAGUUUGGACAUUUCUUUUUUUUUGUUAAUUUUUUUGAGAGAUGUUUAGACAUUGCCACAAAAGAUUCUUGAAGGUGCUUUUAUAUACAUUUUGGAAUGCAUAAAGAGAAGAAGACAGGGACAUUUAAUCCAGAAAACCAUGAAGACAACACAUUUCCUAUGACUGUGCGUAAAGUAAAGGAAACAGCUCCCAGGGAGAGAACUAUGAAGUCAAAGGAGAAGGUGAAAGUUUCAGUAUCAAAUGGCAACAGUCUCACUGCAAAAGGAGAGACAUCAGGGGAUAUAUUGAGGCUUUAUGUCAAUCUAAUGCCUCUUUUGGCUGCAGCGAAGGAGCCAAUGGAGGAAGAGGAGGGGGAGGAGGAGGACAGCAGCUCGGAAAGUAAAAAGAUACCAAUGACAAGCAAUAAGAAUGAGCCAUCUCUGAAUAUAUCAGAGGAACGAAUAACUGAUUUUAACAGAGGAAUCAAUUUUGACGCUGACACCCAACAAACAGUAAGUCCUUGGCUAGUGCUGCCAUGUCUAAUUCAUCCUGAAGCAGCUCCUCAGUGUCUGCAGACAAAGAGGUGUCACACUCCUCUCCCUCCCAUCACUGUAUCAAAACAAACCAAAAUCUCCUCAAACUUCACAAUUAAAGGCGGCAGAAGCGAAAGGUUUGUAACAGGAGGAGUUCCAGACAGCAGGCCCUGGAUAGACAAUCCUCUGCUCUCUAAAAGUAGAUCUGCUGAGUUUCGUCUUCCUGACAUUUCCCUCUCCAGUCUGGGCGCCCUGCUGCAGACAGUUACGCAGAAACUGGGGAGGAAGAGGAGAGGUGGUGAGGAAGAGCCGUGGAGACGGGUCCAGUCUGAUCACCUCCUUAUGACUGUUGGUGAUCAGCGUCUGAGGCGGAAGAGUUUAUGGCAGCAGAUCGGAUGCUCCACAAAUGAAGAAAACCCUACCAACAUUGGAGCAGACACAGAAGCAUCAGUGGAUGAACGCAGUAUAAACAGAAAGAGGAGGCUCCCUCCGCUUAUCUGCGCACCACAACCAAUGCUGAUCCUCGCAAUGACAAAGAACAACCUCAUGACCCCCAACAUGCUGCAAUGACUCAGAGCCACAACUAAAGUCUUUGUUA